CGUUCCGUGUAUUGCGAGUCGCGAGCGAGCCUCUCUCUUCUCACCCCUCUCCCUCUCUGCUCAUUUUCGCUUUGGAGAAGAAGUCUAGCCAGGAGAGACUAGAGAGAGAGAGAGAGAGAGAGAAAAACCACUCUCUCUCGCGUCUUCCAAAACCCUUCGUCGUUUUCCUACUAAUAAUGUGUGCUAAUCUCUUGCUUUGAGUGUUGUCUGUGUUGAUCUCCUCCCUGAUCUGCUGCUUCUAAUUCGCUGCGCUGAAUUCCCGCCUUCUGCAUUGUGAUCAAACACUAUCCUAGAAUUCUGUGUUUCCGGAAGCGGGAAUUGAACUCUGGACUGGAUAUGAAUUCCUACCAGGAUCUAACCAGUGUCGGUGCAGAAGGUGACGAGGCUAACCGUGUUGUCGGUGCUGAAACUAACGCCAUUGACAUGGAUGAUUCAGAAAAUUCCUAUGUGUUUGUCAAUGGGAGUGACGGUACGAGUGAUGAUCCUGGUGCUAAUGAACUCGACACUGAUGCGCCUGCUGCCUCGGCUGAAACCAAGGUUGUAGAGGAUUCUAAUGUAAGUGGGGAUUUAAGCAAGUCCUUUGAAGAGGAGAGGCACGGUUCUCUUCAAGGGAUUGGGGUCUUCCUCUCGACCAAUGAGGGUGAGGUUUCUGAGGAUUGUUUGGCUGGGAAAGAAAACUUGGAUGGAACCCAAGUUGCUUCUAAUGAUUCAGUACAGAAUCAAAUCGAAGCUGUUGAGUCACAAAAAUAUGAGUCUACUGUUGAGUCCAAACCACAGACCUCUCAGGGUCAGAUUGAUGUGAAGUCCUCAUCUGUGACCUCUCAGGAUCAGGUUGAUUUGAGGUCCUCAUCUGUGACCGACUCUGGAGAUUCCAACCAAGUAACUCAGGAAAUUAUUCUAGAUUCAGUUGUUGACCUAGUUAAUUUAGAUUCGGCCACUGAGCAAAAUAAUAUAGAUUUGACCGUAGAUCAACAUAAUUCAGAUUCAGAUUUGACCGUAGAUCAACUUAGUUCAGAUUCAACCGUUGGUGUAGAAAAUGCAGAUUCAGUCACUGAACAAAAUAAAUUAGGUUCGACAAACAAUAUAGAUUUGACAAUUAUCACUGUGGAGGGCGAGAACAAUCAGCACGUGGUUGUGGAUGCUGCAGAAUGUGACCCUGAUAAAACUGAGGUAAAGAAAGGCAAUUAUGUGGGCCAAACUUUAAAUCCAUGUGAUGUGUUAGAAGAGGGAGAGAAAUGUACAAUGGCUCCUAUGGAUGAUUUUGAAUGCAAAUCCCAACAUGCCAAGCCAGAGGUUGGGGAGGUAAAUGAUCAGCAGCAAUUUGAGGUAAUGGCAACUGAAAUAGUGGAGGAUGGUGAAUCAUACACCCAUGUUAAUAUUCCUGUGGAGUCAAAUUCUUGUGAACUUGAUCAUGAAAGGGAGAACCUUGAGAAGGAAUCAAGUAAAGGUUUCAGUUCUGAUGCAAAUCCAGAACUUGAAAGGGUUAGAGUUGACCAGGGGCACGAGAUGGAAAAUGUAGUGAAUGAGAAGCUCACCUCAUUAGAAGCAGGGGGAGCCAUUUCACCUGUUUUAUGUGAUAAGCAAGUUAGUGUACUUGUAUCUCAUGCUACAGACCAUGUUUCUCAAUCAGAAGAAGGUGGUGGAAAAAUUGAUGUUUCUGAAAGUUCCCAUGAAUUCAACAGAUCUUCUGAGGAAGCCAAGAUCAUGGGUGCUCCUGCUGCUUGCAUGACUAGUGAAGGUGACACCAGAGAAAAACCAAUUGAUACUACAGGCCAUGUUUCUCAAUUAGAUGAAGGUACUGGACAUAUUGAUGUUGGUGAAAGCUCCCAUGAGUUGAGCAGAUCUUCUGACGAAGCCAAGAUCAUGGGUGCUCCUGCUGUUUGCAUGAUGACUGAAGGUGACACCAGAGAAAAACCAAUUGAUACUACAGACCAUUCUUCUCAAUCAGAAGAAGGUAGUGGACAAAUUGAUGUGGGUGCUCCUGCUGCUUGCAUGAUGAGUGAAGGUGACACCAGAGAAAAUCCAAUUGAUUCUAUAAACCAUGUUUCUCAAUCAGACGAAGGUAGUGGACAAAUUGACGUGGAUGCUCCUGCUGUUUGCAUGAUGAGUGAAGGUGAUACCAGAGAAAAACCAAUUGAUACUACAGAUCAUGUUUCUCAAUCAGAAGAAGGUAGUGGACAAAUUGGCGUUGGUGAAAGCUCUCAUGACUUGAGCAGAUCUUCUGAUGAAGCCAAGAUCAUAAGUUCUCCUGCUGCUUGCAUGAUGAGUGAAGGUGACACCAGAGAAAAACCAAUUGAUAAUACAGACCAUGUUUCUGAAUCAGAAGAAUGCAGGGGACAAAUUGAUGUUGGUGAAAGCUCCCAUGAAUUGAGCAGAUCUUCUGAGGAAGCCAAGAUCAUGGGCACUCCUGCUGCUUGUGUGAUGAAUGAAGGUGACACCAGAGAAAAACCAAUUGAUACUACAGACCAUGUUUCUCAAUCAGAAGAAGGUAGUGGGCAAAUUGGUGUUGGUGAAUGCUCCCAUGAAUUGAGCAGAUCUUCUGAGGAAGCCAAGAUCAUAAGUUCUCCUGCUGCUUGCAUGAUGACUGAAGGUGGCACCAAAGAAAAACCAAUUGAUACUACAGACCAUGUUUCUGAAUCAGAAGGUAGUGGACAAAUUGAUGUUGGUGAAAGCUCCCAUGAAUUGAACAGAUCUUCUGAGGAAGCCAAGAUCAUGGGCGCUCCUGCUGCUUGCGUGAUGAGUGAAGGUGACACCAGAGAAAAACCAAUUGAUACUACAGAUCAUGUUUCUCAAUCAGAAGAAGUUAGUGGACAAAUUGAUGUUGGUGAAAGUUCCCAUGAAUUGAGCGGAUCAUCUGAGGAAGCCAAGAUCAUGGGCACUCCUGCUGCUUGCGUGAUUAGUGAAGGUGACACCAGAGAAAAACCAAUUGAUACUACAGACCAUGUUUCUCAAUCAGAAGAAGUUAGUGGACAAAUUGAUGUUGGUGAAAGUUCCCAUGAAUUAAGCGGAUCAUCUGAGGAAGCCAAGAUCAUGGAUGAUCCUGCUGCUUGCAUGAUGAGUGAAGGUGACACCAGAGAAAAGCUAAUUGAUGAAACAAUUGGAAAUGUCAGUGCAGAUUGUGAAAACAGGUAUGGGGCUUCUCUGCCUACAGAAAGCAUUUCUGUUCAAGAUGCUGAGGUCCUGGAACCUAGGAGUUGUGAUGAACACGUUGUAUCUUCUGUUGCUGAUGGCGGUUGUGCAAUUGUUAUGAACUCUUUGGAGAAUGACACAAGCCUGGGAACUGAAUUUGGUAUUCAAAACUCUGCAUCAGAAGAAGUGUCUGCAUUGGCUGGCGGAAGUUCUCUUCAUGAUUCAAAAUCAGAAAAUCUUGAUGCAGAAGCCGCUGUAGUGGAGAGCAAGUUUCUUGGUCAUGACAGCAUAUCAAGUUGUUCUCCCACAGAUUCAAGCUCUAAAACCGCAUCUAGCUUGUUGACUGACAAAUCUGAACAGAAAGUGCAAGGUGGAACUGAAAUUUCAAAUGAGGGUGGCCAAUCUAGCUCAACUGUUGUACAAUUAUCUGAAGUUGGGAACUCAUCUACUUCAAUCAAUAGGGACAUGCAUGGUGAUGAUACUCUUGUAUCUGGACUGGAAUCUCUGAGAAGCUCUUUUGAUAACAAUGGCAGUCCACCAAACCACACUAAAAACUUGGAAGUUCAAUGUAAUGGUUCUGAAAGAAGUGGUGAAGACAAUUUGGUGUGCCAAGAAUUUGUGGUUGCUGACAAAUCUUUGUGCAAUGAAACAUUGGAUAUUUUGCUGGACGGUUCUUCAGCUAAUGUUGCUGGACAGGAUGUUAGUACUGUGACUUUUGAAGGCUUGAAAAAGCCAUUCCAAUUCCUUAUCAAGAUGCCAAGGUUUGAUGAUGAAAAGCUUAGAGAGCAGAUCAGACUUGCACAGCUACAUGUUGAUGAGAAGACCCAAAGUAGGGAUGCUAUUUGGCAGGAAAUAAAAAAGAAGAGAGCCAAUUGCCAACAUCAUGGUGUUGAAUUUGAAGCUGCCAAAUCAGAAGAGAGAGCUGCACGUAAGCUGGUUAGGUCAAAGCGUGCUGAAAUUGAGCAUCUUCAAACUGCAAUUAAUAGAGUGAAGAAUGCAAUUUCUGUCGAGGAGAUAGAUGCAAGGAUAUGUAGCAUGGAACACAUGAUAGAGCAUGAAACUCUUCCUUUAAAGGAGGAAAAGAACUUAAUUCGUGAAAUUAAGCAGCUGAAGCAGCUGCGAGAUCAAUUAUCGUCUAACAUAGGUAGCUGUGAUGAAGUCCAGCAGGCUCUGGAUAAUAGAGACCAAAUUGAAGAGAGCUUAAAGAUUUUGAAAAAAGAGCUCGAUAGCCUUAAAAACAAGGUAUCAAAAGCUGAAGCAGUUGCUGUAGAAGUAAGCUUGAGAUAUGAAGAAGAAAGCAAAAUGCACAAGGAAUUGCGAGCUCAGUAUAAGGCUGCUAAUGAAAUUCGCCAAGCAGCAUACGAAAACUUUCAGAAUUUGAAAAAGAUACUAUAUGAGAAGAACAACCAUUUCCGGAUGUACAAGGAUAAUGCAUCAACAGCUAGUCGUCAUGCUGCACGCAAAGACACUGAAGCUCUUCAUCAUCUUUGUGCCAACCAGGUUGAGAAAUAUAUGGAACUCUGGAAUAGGGAUGAUGAGUUCCGCAAGGAAUAUGUGAGGUGCAACAUGAGGAGUACAGUUAGGAGAUUGGGAACAUUGGACGGUCGUUCUCUUGGCCCUAAUGAGGAUCCACCUGUUCUCCCGGUUUAUGUAGCUGAAAGAACUGAUAAAGUGAUUUCCCGUACAUCAAAAGUUGAUUUUGUCUCCCCAACCUUGCCACUGCAGCAAGAAAAACAAGUAAUGCUUAUCAAGGAUGAAGACAUAGCCAGAAACCCUAUGGUGAAAGUGACAGGACAAAAAACUGAACGAGAGAGGAAAAGUGGGGCAGUGAAGUCUAAUUUGGAGAGUGCAGACGACACUGUAUCUAGUUCGGAUGUAAGCAAUGAUGUGAAAAGGGAAGACAUUCAAAUUCAAACAAAGGAGGAAUUGGAGUUGGCUAGGAAGGAAGAGGAACUUAAAAGGCUGGAGACUGCUGCUAGACUGAAAGAGCAACGCCGGUUAGAGGAGAUUGCCAAGGCUAAGGAGGCACUGGAAAGGAAAAAGAGAAAUGCAGAGAAGGCCCAAGUGAGGGCAGAAUUACGAGCUCAGAAGGAAGCAGAACAGAAAGAGAAGGAGAGAGAGAAAAGAUUGAGAAAGAAGGAAAGAAAGAAGGGUGGUGGCAGCGAAGCUGCUAAUGAGAGUGAAAAUGUUUCAAUCUGUGAGAGCAUAAAAGACAUUGUGAAUGAGGCUGAAACAAAGGAGACUGAGGAGGGUGGUAAGAAAACUCAAAAGGCCCCUCAGUAUGCAAAGCAAAACAAGACAAAAUCUAUUCCUCCACCACUUCGAAACAAAAACAAGAAGAAAAUGCAGCAGUGGAUGCGGAUAAUUUUCACAUCAAUUAUCGUCAUUGCUUUGUUCUUGCUGGGAAACAUUGGCUUCUUCGCCAAUCUUAAGAGCCGCCAAAAUAUCUUAUAAUCUUGCUUUUCUAUCCAGGGAGUUCAAACAUAGGGAGGGAGGGGACUUUUCGUGUUGGAUAUUCUUACUUGCAUCUGGAAUUUUAGUUUUAUUUUAUGUUUUGUUAGAAAAGAAAAUUAUUUGAACGACUUAUAGAGUGGGGUUGUGUAUUUUGCAGAAUGAACAAGAGAGCAAUAACAUUACAUUACAAUAUUACAUUACAAUAUUACAUCAUGAUUGUGUAA